UCUGGAACUGAAAACGGGCGUGUAAAUCGAGCUCCUCAACCUCCUAGACUUUGGUGCGACUUUUGUGGCGUAUUCGAUUCUCACGACACCAAAGACUGCUAUUCGGAGCCAGCUAUGCUUAGGAAAGCGAAAACAGCUGUGGCGGCGUCAUUGAUGACUGAGAAUGGUCAAAAGACAACUGAAGAUGCAGUUGUGAUCGCAGAGACCGUUCAAGCCAGGAUCUACUGUGAGAACUGUGGCGUCUUCGAUGAUCAUCCAACCUCGGCGUGUGAGAAUGAUGAAAUGUUCUAA